AGGCAGCAUCAGCAGAGCCAGUGUGGUGCAAUGAAAUGUGAUAUCGUGCAGCACGAGUGGAUGAAUCGUGUCGUGCAUCAUCUUUGCUUCUUCUGCUGUGAUAAACGGUGAUCGUACGUGUGUGAUAAGCGGCCAGCGUGUGGCAGUAGAGCACCGGGCAGUAGUCCCGUGAUGGAACCGAGCCCUAGCACUAGCAGUGCCACCACCGUGCCUGGUGGUGGUACAGGAGUGGUGAGCAGUGUGGGUGGUAGUGGUGGCGUCGUGGGUGGUGGGGCCAGUGUGGUAACGCGACCUCCCAUUACCGCACUGUUUCGCGAAAUUCACAAAAACAGCUGGCUACGGCGGUUGAACAACGACAGCAGGCGACCAUCCGUGCUGACAAAGAAACCGGAUCGAUAUUGGGUGGUGUUCUGCGUUCACGAUGACUGCGAAGCGUUUCUGGAGGGCUACAGCGACCCCCGGCAGGCCCCGUCGCACGCACCAGAGUGGGCACUAUCGCUCCAAACGGUACAGCACGUCUCGCACGCCCUCGUGUCCGUGGAGCAGGAGUUUGAAUUUGUGAUAACACUCGGCACCGAGGUGGCCCGCUUCAAUGCCAACACCUGGGAAUGUAUGCAGGAAUGGGUGGAAUGUUUGCGCUCGAAGCUGCGCGAGAUGAAGCUACUGUCGCCGAAGGAAAAUUUGUACUCGCGGCUACCCGAGGUGCGCCCCCCGUUGGCACCGACGCGCGAUCCGACGUCUCCCCUGCCAGCUACACCUCCUGUACCGGCAGCAAUCGUACCCGGUAUCGAGCGCGUUCAGCCACCAUCUUUGUUGCAACAGCAGCAGCAUCAUGCACAUCAUUCGCCGGGUACAAGCGGACAAUCUACCUCGCCACCAUCCGGUUCGUCUGGUUCCGGCGGGGCAAGUGGCACGAUCGUCUCUAACACCGGCACCACGAGCUCCAUUUCGUCAUCAUCAUCAUCCGGAUCGUCGUCUUCAUCGUCCUCGAAUGGCUCUUCCUCAUCGGCAAGCAGCUACUCAUCAACGCUCACAUCCAUAUCGAACUGCCCGACCAGUGAACGUGCAAGUCUCACUGGCCCACCGGCCAUGUCCAACACGUCCACGCAGAACCUCAUGAACCUACUGUCGAACCCGCUGCAAGCCGUGAGCAGUAUCAAUGCUCAAGCCAGUAAACUGCAGCCGUCCUGCACAACCGACACCAUAUCGCUCGGAUCAUCAUCCUCGCUAGCUUCCGAAGAAGAACCAUCAGAGGAGCACCUUAAGUCCAUCAUAUCCACAUCGCCACCACGUGAUUCGGCGCCGAGCACAAGUUUGCCGAAACCGCAAAAAAUAGUAAACAGGGAUAGUAGUUUGGCCCAUAACGGCGCUACCGGCCAUCAUAACCAUCAUCAUCAUCCGCUAGUGACACUCGCACCUGGUACAUCGAGCGCCACAUCCUCUCUAGCGACCACGUUCGUCACCAACGUACUGGCCGAUCCGUCCGGGACGGCCGGACCAUCGUUGAAGCGCACCAUUACCGAUAAGAAGCUGCUGCUGGAUGUACGACAGUGUCCCGAAAGAUCAACCACCGACUGUGAUGGCAAUGGUUCCGACGCCAUCAAUGGCACAACCAAUGGUCACACCAACGAUGCGCACACCAACGAUGAGUCGUGGUUAAGGCAGCCGCAACAAAAUGGAACCAGUGGCAACUGUCGCAACGGCAAUGGCACUGCAAUGGCGUCCAAUGGUAGCGAACCGACAGCAGCAACAGCAGCGAAAUCUGCCGCCAUAUGUAUCGUGCCACCGGCAUCCAGUGGAGUUAGAGCGGAAUCGAAACGGACGCGUCGGAAAGUAUCUCCCGGGGUAAAUUCAUCACCACUUUCACCUUCGCUAGCAAACGAAGAGGAAAAGGUUGCGAAUGUUACCAUCAUUCAGGUAUCCAACAGUGACAAUGCCACGACUCCAUCAGCAACAAUCACCACAGCUUCUUCGCCGAAGCCUCCAGUGUCUCGAUUUAACUUCCCAAAAGCAAAACCGUCGAUCAUCACGCCAAUAACGGUACCGACCGGUGUCUCGACCAUCAUAACCGAUGACAUAGGACCUGGCAGUGAUCAUAACUACAAGAGCAACGUGCAAAUCAUUCCGUCCAAUAUUGAGUAUGCGGCAAACGAAGAUCAACUAAUGCAACCGUCUAUCAUCGCCUCAAUAAACGAGCAGCAGAUUACAACGGUUACCGUGCCGAAUAAUGUACAGUCGGUACCGGUCAGUUCGUCGGUAGUGUCAACGCCUCGUAGCCAACCAACUGUGCAAGUCGCCGUAGCAACCUCGUCAACGCCCAUCAAGGGACCGGACAGUAAUUUCGGCACCGUUACACAGAUUGCCGUAAAUUCGUCCACUGUUGCGGGUGAUGUUUCGGGUGUCAGCAAACCGAUCCAUUGCCAGCAACCAUCGUCACAGUCCUCCAGUCAACAUUACGAGCAGGUGUUCCUUACCAGUUCCGUGCAGGUCACUACGGGCAGUGGUCAAGCGAACGGCACGAACUUUGAGGAUCAGGCCGUCGUAUCCGUAGCGCCAAUUGUGUCCAAAGCAACUGCCGGGAAUAAGAGCAGUAAAGUGUUGCUGCUCAGCAGACAGUCACGCUCGUCUAGUCAUUCGGAUAUUCCACUUCCCGCGAGGCUGGCCAUUAAGGGUAACCGAACCAAUGAGGUUGGUAGUGGUAGUGAUAAGGAAAAUCGUGUACAACACGAUAGUAUCAUUGGGAGUGCUGGCAGUGGCUCAGCUUCGACAUCCAAACAAGGAUCGGUUCCAACGGUGGGUAACUCAACCGCUCCGAUCCAUUUUACCGGUGGAAGCCCUUCCAAGAGGCCGGCCGUAGAUCGAAACAUCUACACACCCCACCCACAGCGUGCUGCUCCACUGCUCCAACGAGGUCUUACCGAGUUAGUUUUGAGUACGAGACCAUCAGCCACCACGUCACCCGCCCAGGGGGCGGAUCAAGCUGCAAUCGUUGCACGUGGCCGAAGAGCUCCGGUAGAGAACAAAAUACGAUCCGAUCACUUGCCACCGGAGCAGCGGCGUCGCAGCUCAUCGACUUCGGACGCACGACAGGAACAUUCGCAGGGGCGUAUAAAUGGAGCUUCGGGCGGUGGUGGGCCCGGUCGUUUACAGUCUCCACCGCAACCAUUUCGUCCUCAUCAUCAGCUGAUAAACGUACCCGAGGGAAGUCAAUUGAAUGGCGUGGUAAAUGGGCAUGGAACACCGACCGGCGGUGUCGGAGGCAAUCGGAAGCUAACGCUUCGCGAACAGCAAGUAUUUCAGCUGCGGCGCGAAAUGAUGCAUCCUGGUGGCGUACGGUUACAGUUGCGUCGCAAGGAUUGCAUCAAUUCGAUCGGGCUAGUGGAUGCGUUCGGUGCCGUAUGGGUAGCAGGCUGGAAGCAGAAGGAACAUCCGGUGCUAUACAAUGCGCUUCACAUCGGCGAUCAGAUGAUCAGUGUGGCCGGUGUUGCGAUCACGACCGCAGCCGAAGCACACAAAGCAAUCCGAGCGGCACCGGGGUUGUUUGUUGAACUAAUUAUCCGCCGUGUUCCGUUCGGGCGAGUUUACGCCAUACGACGUGAGCUCGAUGGACAGUGUUUGGGACUGAUACGCGAUGGCAAUACCGCUACCAUUGUCGACGUUGUACCGAACAGUUUAGCUGCACGGCAUGGAUUGCCUCCGAAGGCAAAAUCUUGUGAUGGAUUAUCGUUAACGUUUUGGGUGUUGACGGAAAUCAACGGCAGGCCGUUAAAUUUAUUCUUUAAGGAGAACGAAAUACGCGAUCGUUUGAAUGCUGUCGGGCGAGAUAUAUCGAUACUGGUACAACCAGCAGAUCUGGUAACGAAGCUGAAAAAGCAGCUAAAAUCUCUACGUGGCCACAAGGAUUUUAUUGUGCAAUAGGGCAACUUUUUCUAACGACGAGGCAA